GGUUCUGACCGGGAUCAGUGGCGGUGGCAAGACACGCGUAGCACUGGAGUAUGUGUCGUUCAUUGCACGCUGCAACCGCCGAGCACUGCGGCGCCGGUAUCGUCUUGAGCGGACACGCAUCCUGUACCCAGGUGGAGUGUACUUGCUGGAUCUAUCCACUGAGGAGACUCUGAGGACAUCCAUCCUUGCAGCUAAGAGUGCUACCCCGACGCGCGGCCAAGGUGGCCUGGCAUUCGCGAGCUGCGCGACUGCAUCAGACAUGACGGCCCAGCUGCAGCGCCAUCGCCAGCCGUGGCUGCUGAUCCUGGACAACGCCGACAGCUGGGACAUGCUGGCAACGUCAUCGCGGGAGGCUUGGCGUGGACUUAUUCCAGUGUACGGCUCGGCUGGCCAUUGCCUGCUGCUCACGACCGCGUCCACCCUGCCCGAAUGGUUACAGCGACAGGUAGCCGCUGUGCUUCCAGUGGAACCACAAUCCGCAAGGGAUGCAGCCAAACUAUUUCUUCACAAGCUCAGCGUUGAGCGCGACGCAAGUCAGGAUCGGCAGAAAAAGCAACAGGAAGCUGCUGUGUCGACACCGCAAGAGCAAGCUAAGCAUGGUUCAGACUUUCUGGAGCUUGAUCCGAACGACAUGGAGAAGGUACUGCAGCUGGUGUCUCCUUGCGGCUACCUGUCAGGUUUGCCGUUGGCCAUUGAACUGGCUGCUGCCUUCAUUAGCCAGCAAGACGGACUUGAGACUGGAUUCGCUGAGUACGUGGAGCAGCUGACAAGAUGCCCGGUUAAGUUGUGGGAAGCACCCAACAUGAGCAGCAGCCUAGUUCCGGCCAGGUUCGUAAGCCAGGUAUCACGGUCCUUCCGGUCCCUAUCGACAGAGGCCAGACAACUAGCCAUGCUGCUUGCUAACCUUAGUCCAGACAGUAUCAAUGUCCACCUUGUCACCGAGGCCCGGGACAUUCUCCCCGUCGCGGAGCUGCAGGCGUUCUUAGCUUGCCCGCAACGCAGCGGCGAGGAAACGUCGCGGCGCUACGCAGUCCACCGACUGCACCUGCUGGUUCACGAGCUGCGGCGUUACUCGCUGGUGGGGUUUGGUCCGGCUACCUCGCUCUCUCAGGUGCCUCCUCAACGGAUGGAUCCAAAUGCUGACGAUAGCACGGCGACAGGGAACCAUAUUGUGCACUUUCACCGUCUUGUCCAGUCCAGCAUUCGAUGCAUCAUAGCUGAUGAGUGGCGCCACAGCACGAGGACAAGCUCGCAGGUGCCGCAGCCAGUAGACAUCCUGUGCAACGGACAUUGGUCCCUUCGGGCAGCUCUGGACUUGCUGGUCUGGACAACACAGCGGCACAGUCGCCUGCACAAUGCACUGCAUACCCUGCCACACGUUCUCGCGCUGGUCCAGGUCAGCAAGCAAGCGAUGAGCAAUCUCAGCGCAACGUCUGCGGUCAGCGGAGAGACCUACAGCACGGGUGCUGCUGCCGCUGCAGCGACAAGUACAGGCGACCAGCAGGAUACUCCGCCAAACCGCUCCAUUCCCCCGGCGUACAUCGAGCACUACUGCAACCAGUGGACAGCACUAAUUGAGGAUUGCCAUCACCUACUCCGACUGUGUCACAUGAUGCAUACGAGCCGGGAUAGCGAGGCAAUGCUGAGACAUGCGGUGCAGAUGACUCGAACAUUGGCCGAAAACUGCGGGAACUGGGAGACACGGCGCAACGUUCUGGAAAUGGGUACUCGUUUGGCCAAGCGGCGGUGCACGAUGGUGCUGAACGCAGAGUCGAUUGCCAUCAUGGUUGCUACCGCGCGAUUCUUACAAAACCUACCAAGAGCUCAGCAUCGGGCAGCAAUUGAAGCAAUCGUGGUCCUUAUAUCGGUGAAAGCUGCUGAAUCCGCAGGCGAGGACCGCCGUGGCCAUAAUUGUCUCGAAGGAGACAAGGUGUUCACGAAUAUCCUGGCUGGCUGGUCCUUGUUUGCUGACGGCUGGCUCCUUCCUCAAGACAGUCGGUUCAGUCACGUGCAUUGGGACAAUAUCAGUGCGCUGAUGGCAGCCGUGACAACUAUACAUAUGAACCUGGUCACCCUGGUCCUUGCCGUCGUGUCGCCAAGAUCAGGGCAGCUAGCUGCUGCACUGCUCAAUGACGUGCUUGGUGCUAUCUGCGCCACGCCGUCACUGCUAUGCGUUUGCCAUGACACGCUAACGGGAGGCUUGCACGGUGCUUCACGCCCGGACGAGAAAAUGGUGGUGGGCGAUCGGGUGGAUGUGCGCCUCUUUACGACAUCUGAACAUGUCAAACAUGCCAGCGUCGCCGCUGGUUCUCAGCAGUGUGUUCUAUCAGCGGCUCAGUGCACGGGAUUACAACGAGAGCUGAUUUUCAGUCAGCUUCGUAUCACGCACAAUUCCAGGCAGCCCGUUGGCAUCUUCCGCCUGGCCGUGGUGCUGUGUUUAUCCGCGCUCGGUCUCAUGUGGCUGUGUCUGGACCGCCGCAACCCGCAACUCGACGGCCACGCCACCGCUAUGGUGCUGUUUGAGCGCCUAUUCGCGCUUCUGUCCUUGUCUGAUGAGCCAGCCCUGCAGGCGCUGGCCACCCUGAUUCGGAUCCUGGUCCGAUGCACAUGCCUACAUACCCGAAGUCAGCGACUAGCAUUUGAUUUGAAGGAAAUCGUCCAACUGGAUUGACGCUUCUCCGAUGAUGCCCGUGCUGAGCUCAAGAUUCGCACAAGUAGCCGGUGAGUGUGGUGUGGCACUGUGGCAUUCAUGUACUGUUGGGUAAACCAAGAGUACAAAAAAAAGUUUAAGUACUCUUGGUCUAACCCAUGCAUGCUUGCAACAACCCCCCCCCAUGCCUGCUCGCCUGCGAUACUUCGAAGUACAAGCUGGUAAGCCAUAUUUAUUUUGUCAUGGAGCUGGGUCUGAACUCUAGCUGGGCUGCCUCUACUAAUUAUAGCUGAAUACUAUGGCAGCGUGUGUGUGUAUGUGUGUGCACGUGUGAGUGUGUGCGUGCAUGCGCGCGCGCGCGCUCGCGUGUGUACAAUGUCUUUGAGUACUGAAUCGCGAGCCAGGGAUGCGAUGUAUUCUUGUUCAUACGACUCGUACAUCUAGUCACCCAACUGAGGUCUCGCCGGCUGGAAUGCUUAUAGCUGAUUGCCUCAUAGAGUGUUUUGAUAUUAUCAUACAUAAUUACUGGUAUACUAUUCGAGUUCCCCGGUGCAUCUUGAACACUGCCUUUUCCUGAAUGCUUUGAACAGCGAAUCGAAACAGCACAUAGUAAUGACGUUCCCUAGAAGUCAUGAACAUAUCAUAUUGUUACUGUGGGAAUAGGACCUGUCGGCCGCAGUGCUCGCUCCUGCUCAUGCACCCCACAGUAUCCAUGGUAACCUGGCAACACU